AGGCCUGUCCGCGUCCGGGCGCGCUUCGUCUCGGCCGGCCUCAUGGAGCGCUCCGGGGCCAUGACGGACAUGUACGACCAGGCGUUGCUGGGGAUCUUGCAGCAUGUGGGCAACGUGCAGGAGUUCCUGAACAUCCUCUUCGGCUUCCUCUACCGCAAGACCGACUUCUACCGGCUGUUGCUGCAGCCCUCCGACCGGCUGGGCUUCCCGCCCGGCGUGGCCAAGAGCAUGGCCGUUCGGGCGUUCAAAAACUUUGAACAUCUGGCCCGCCAAGAUGAUGAGAAAAGACAGCAAGAAAUUGAGGGGAAAUUGAAGAAAAGAGAGGCGGACCUGGUGGCGGCAGGGGAGAGGACAAAGGUGCCUGCUGCAAUUGAAGAGGUUGAGGUCACCUCCGCAGCGGAGCAGCAGGACUCUGGAUCGGAAAGUGGAAAGGCUGCCGAUUCAGAAGAGCCCGUGAGAGCAGAAGAAGCAGUAGAAGCACAAGUCGCUGAUACAACAGCAGAACUGCCGGUACCCGUCACCGCCCCUGUAGAAAGUGUGCAAACAGAAUUCCCCAGGAAACAGGCACAAUUCCAGGCAGAUCCUGACAGUUACAAUGGAGCUGUGCGAGAGAACUAUACUUGGUCUCAGGACUACAGCGACCUGGAAAUUAAAGUUCCAGUGCCCAAGCAUAUCCUGAAAGGCAGACAGGUUUCGGUGGACAUCGGCAGUAGUUCAAUCCAUGUGUCGGUGGUGGAGGGACGUGGGCGCCAAGUGCUCAUGGAAGGCACCCUUACUCACAAGAUCAACACAGAGACCUCUGUCUGGAGUCUAGAACCCGGGAAAUGUAUUCUAAUUAACCUCAGCAAAGUAGGUGAAUACUGGUGGAGUGCCAUUCUGGAAGGCGAAGAACAGAUCGACAUUGAUAAAAUCAAUAAGGAGCGUUCUAUGGCCACGGUGGAUGAAGAAGAACAUGCAGUGCUGGAUAGACUGUCUUUUGAUUAUCAUCAGAAGCUUCAAGGCAAGCCCCAGAGCCACGAAAUGAAAGUCCACGAGAUGCUGAAGAAGGGCUGGGACGCCGAAGGCUCUCCGUUCCGAGGGCAGAAGUUCGACCCCUCCAUGUUCAACAUCUCUCCGGGGAACAUGCAUUUUUGAUGGUAGCGGCAAGUGGAAGAGGAGGAGGAGGAGGAGGAGGAGAACAUUGUGGCCUUCAUCCUUGGCACGAGAGACAGCCCCCCACACGCUACUGCCAGACUCUCACAUCCGACGCUGGAAGGGUCUCUUGCUGUCCCUGCUUGUUCUUUGGGG